ACUUCGAAAGGUCUGUAGUUUUUGAAACGAGAUUGAAUUCCUUCAAGUUUGUAACCUAGGACACUUAAGAACUUGGAUUUGAGUUCACAGGAUGGUUAUACAUAAAAUAAAAGAUCAAGUGCUCACAAGGUUAAAUUUCCCGAAAGCCUUACUGGAUGUAAGACAAAGGCGGGGUAUAAAACGAAAAUAAAAGUAUGCUGAGUUAGAGAGGUCAUUCUAUCUUACUCUCUGCACUCAAGACUGCUCCUGUCUGCCGACAGAAACAGAUUGGAGCCAUGGCUUUGGAACACAACCAGUCAACAGAUUACUAUUAUGAGGAAAAUGAAAUGAAUGACACUCAUGACUAUAGUCAGUAUGAAGUGAUCUGUAUAAAAGAAGAGGUCAGAAAAUUUGCAAAAGUUUUCCUGCCUGCCUUCUUCACAAUAGCUUUCAUCAUUGGACUUGCAGGCAAUUCCAUAAUAGUGGCGAUUUAUGCCCAUUACAAAAAGCGGCGAACCAAAACAGAUGUGUACAUCCUGAAUUUGGCAGUGGCAGAUUUACUCCUUCUAUUCACUCUGCCUUUUUGGGCAGUUAAUGCAGUUCAUGGGUGGGUUUUAGGGAAAAUCAUGUGCAAAGUCACUUCAGCCUUGUACACGGUCAACUUUGUCUCUGGAAUGCAGUUUCUGGCUUGUAUCAGCAUAGACAGAUAUUGGGCAGUAACUAAAGCCCCCAGUCAAUUGGGAGUGCGAAAACAAUGCCGGCUCAUCUGUUUCUGUGUCUGGAUGGCUGCCAUCUUGCUGAGUAUACCUCAGCUGGUUUUUUAUACAGUAAAUCACAAGGCUAGGUGCAUUCCCAUCUUUCCACACCACCUAGGAACAUCAAUGAAAGCAUCAAUUCAAAUGCUGGAAAUCUGCGUUGGAUUUGUAAUACCCUUUCUUAUUAUGGCAGUGUGCUACUUCAUCACGGCAAAGACACUCAUCAAGAUGCCAAACAUUACAAAAUCUCGGCCCCUCAAAGUUCUGCUCACAGUGGUCAUAGUUUUCCUUGUCACUCAGCUGCCUUAUAACAUUGUCAAGUUUUGCCAAGCCAUAGAUGUCAUCUACUCCCUGAUCACCAACUGCGACAUGAGCAAACGUAUGGAUGUUGCCAUCCAAAUCACAGAGAGCAUUGCACUCUUUCACAGCUGCCUCAACCCGGUCCUGUAUGUUUUUAUGGGAAACUCUUUUAAAAACUACAUCAUGAAAGUUGCCAAGAAAUAUGGGUCCUGGAGAAGACAAAGACAAAAUGUGGAGGAGAUUCCUUUCGAUUCUGAAGAUGUUACAGAGCCAACCAGUACUUUCAGCAUUUAAAUAUAAAACUGCUCUGUCUCUUGCUUCGAUACACAUGAAUGAGGCUUCUCCCUCAGAUAAAACAUCUGCAUUUUUCUGAAAUUCAAAUCUCAAACACUGUGGUGGCAACUUAUAACAAAGAAGAGGUUAGAGUGGGGAAGGGGAGUGGGGUAGAAGCCAAGAAAAAGAGGAAACAAAAAGUAAAUGCAUAAAACAUGGAAAUUAAAAUUAACAAUAUAGGAAAAUAGUAGUAACAGUCAUACAUAAGAAAAACACUAUAAGUUAGGUCAUCUAAAACAGAUUAUUAAAGAAAUUUAAAUUAAGGGGCAUUUAUAAUUAUUUUAAAUUAUCUAAAUUUUAAUAUAAGAACAAUUUCCCUGCAUAAUUUUAGUACUUGAAUAGCUAUACAGCAAAAUUUAAUGUCUUUUUCUUUUUCUUGUUUCUUAAUUUGUAAGAGAUUUCAUAAAACUCCAGAAAAAAUAACAAUUGGCAAUCAAAAAACAAAAACAAAAACAUAAAAAGCUUUUCUGGCUAUUGUACUAUAUUACUGGUAAGUUUCUAAACAUGUAAUUUGCUUUUAUGAUGUCAACUUUCUUUAGUUAUAAGCUGGUUAUCCUGUUAGAUUUAUCAUUUAUACUCUAGAAGCAAUCCUCAGACAAUCACAUUUAUCUAGGUUUCAAUUUUUAUAACUGCCUAAAGGGCUCAUCCAUUUACGUGAGUCUAUUACUGAGGGUUGACUAAAUAAUAUAUUUUUCUAUGUCUAAAGACUCUUAUUUUUCACUUAAAUACUUGUAUUUUUAAACAAUGAAAAUAUGUACCACAAUAAAUUAUUUUUAAUAAUUUGGACUGCUUAUCUCUUUAAAAACAAUUAUAUAUAAAUUAUUAUAGUCCAUGUAAUAUGCCCCUAUUAAAAUUUAAUUUUGAUAGAAAUAACAAUGGUCAAAAAUAGUGUGCACUAAUAUAAAUUUUUUCUCACAAACUGUAAAAAAAAGACGUUUUCUGCUCUUAAAUAAACAUCGCCUAGUCAAGACGUUGUUUUAAAAUUACUUUUCUUUUUAUCAAGUAUUUGUAAAUUUGAAAAUGCUUUCAAAGGCAGAAUUUAAAGAACUGUGGUCAUGAAAUGAAUAACUAUGUAUCUUAUUAUUCUAGCACAGCAUCUGGCAUGAAGAAUCAAUAGAAUACUCACCACUGCACCACCAUUUCUUGCCGUUAAUUACAUAGCUAUCUCCAUCUUGCUGGAUGCUACAUUCAAUAUUUGUGGCAUCACUUGAAGCUACAUCGGGCUCUAUAAAUAAGCAAAGGCUGAAUUUACAGGCAGGCAGAUACCAUUAGUUUACAAAAGACACUUAGUUAAAGAAAUGUGAACUCUUUGAGGACAGAGGCAUCUUUGUCUUUUUCAUCUUCCUACCCUUCCCCCAUUCCCCCUGGUUCUCCUACAACCUACACAUAGUAGGUAUUCGAUAAAUGUGCAUUGGAAGAAUGAAUGCAUAAAUGAAGUAUUUAGAACAACUCAGAUAGAUCAACUAUGCGAAUUAUGUUCUUGGCAUUCUCAGUGAUAUAUGACUUGGGAUACAACUCAAUCUUUUCUCCAAUCAUCAAACGUGCAUUAAAAAUAUCGUUCUUUACUUCCCACAAUGAAAAUCUGUACUACAUAUUUGCAAGCCA